AAUCCUAAACCAAACUAGCACAGGGCAUUCCUAGGCAGCCGAUAGAAUAUAGCAAUAUCCAGGUCAACCAAACAGUCCGCAACAACUAACUCACAACGCAACUUCGAUCAGCUUUCUUCCUGAUAGUCUGUCUUUGCCUUGCCUUGCCUAGCCUUGUUGGCAGUCUCAAAUGGCUUUUUUUUCUGCUUAGCGUUCAAACUCUUCUUGCUAUCUCACAAAGUGCCAGCGCUUGGCUUUACUUGAGAUUGUAUUCAAGUGUUGGAAAAGUUUGUUUCUUGUGGAAUCCAUCUUGCCUGGCGUAGCUUCAGUGAUGGCUUAAAAUGGAUUGAAUUGUCAUCUUCUGUAAACAAUUUCUUGAUAAAUAUUGUUUCAUGGCUCGGAAGAGUAAUCAGCAAAAGAAUGGCUUGGAUCAUCAAGCAUCAAGCCACAGAAAAAAGGGUUCAAAAUUGAGGUCUGCUGUCCCUGAUAAGACAGGAUGUGGUAGAGACAACAUGGUGAAGGUUUUUCCUCCUGAGGAUCUCCCAGAUGGUAACCAUCAAGGCAUUCCUUUUGUGGAUGGUGCAAGUAGGGCAUCUACCAGAAAAGAGAAGCAAACAACAGAUCUGCGGGAUUCUGACCAAUCAGUUUCUUCCAAGGGCAAUUCUGGUAGUGAUACUGAAAAUAUUGCUUCACUGCGAACUCCUAAUAUAAGAGAAGCAAUUGCUCGCCGUGGUAGAAAACAUGGAAAGAGUGGCCUUCGUUGCUUGCUGAAUGUAUUGCAUGUUAAAAAUGCAAUGGAGAAUGUUAAGUUUUCCAAUAAUGCACUGGUUAGAAGCUUAAGGGUGCAUGUUUCAUCCAAGUUGAAGGCAGCACUUGAGUUGUUGGAGAGACAGAAGCCAUUGUUUGUUUCUCUAACAACAAACUUUUAUAAUGCCUGUGAUUAUGUUAGAAUGAAGUUUCAGAAAGUUUAUGCUGCUGUUUUAGUUUUUUUCAAACAUUUGGCAAUCAUACUACUCCAUUUAUCAAUGGUUUGGUUGGACUGUGCUCUUAGGGGCAUUGAUUCUUUUCUGCGGAUGGGGAUGACAUGUUUCUUUUCAGUUAUAUGGUGCAGCAUUCUCUCUGUAGUUGCAAUUGUUGGGAUUGCAAAGUUUCUAAUGGUCCUGGUUAUAGCUGCUUUGGUCGCUUUUUUUAUUGGGUUCACCGUUGCAAUCAUAGUAGUUGCUCUUUCAGGAGCUGUUUUCCUAUGGUUUUAUGGAAGUUUUUGGACUACAGUGUUUAUUAUCUUCCUUGGAGGAUUGGCAUUCAAGUUGAACCAUGAGAGUCUUGCACUAUUAAUUACAACUGUAUACUCAAUAUAUUGUGCCUGGACUUAUGUUGGAUGGCUUGGUUUGCUGUUGGCACUGAAUUUGUCUUUCAUCUCAAGUGAUGCUCUGAUAUACUUCCUAAAGAAUAACAUAAAUCAACAAAGAACUGAUGGACCCCAUGAGCAAACCUCUGGGAUGCAAGGUGGACCAGGCGACAAUAGUGAGUCAGGGCACACUUCAUCCUCUGAAAAUGCCCCAGGGUUAUCUGCUGAUCGUAGUGCAGGAGUGCCUUCAACCAGUGGGGCAGACUCUGAGAUGACUUCUGAAGAUGAAGUAGCUCGGUUGUUAAACUGUACUGAUCACUAUUCAGCUUUGGGCUUGUCACGAUAUGAGAAUGUUGAUGUUUCUUUAGUGAAGCGAGAGUAUAAAAAAAGGGCUAUGUUGGUCCAUCCUGAUAAGAACAUGGGUAAUGAGAAAGCUGAAGAAGCAUUUAAGAAACUUCAGAAUGCUUAUGAGGUUCUCCUUGAUUCACUAAAGCGAAAAGCAUAUGACGAUGAAUUGAGGAGGGAGGAGCUGCUAAACUAUUUCCGUAGUUUCCAAAAUGUUUCUCAGAAGAAUGGCAGGCAUGGUUUUUUCUUUGCACCUGGAUCUGCAAGGUCAGAGGCUGAUACUGAGGACCCCAUUGGAGAUUCUCGGCUAAUAGCCUGCAAAAAGUGCAACAACUUUCAUGUGUGGAUUGAGACCAAGAAAUCAAAAUCUCGAGCAAGAUGGUGCCAGGAAUGCAAAGAUUAUCAUCUAGCAAAAGAUGGAGAUGGAUGGGUUGAACAAUCUUCCCACCCCUUAAUUUUCGGAUUACUGCAGAAGGUAGAUUUGCCUUCUGCAUAUGUUUGUGCAGAUAGCAAGGUUUAUAAUGCUAAUGAAUGGUAUAUUUGUCAGGGAAUGAGAUGUCCGGCCAACACGCAUAAGCCAAGUUUUCAUGUGAACACUAGUUUAACCUCCAAGCAUGGUCCCAGCAAGGGAACAAGUUCUGGACAAAGGGGUGGUUGGAUGCCACCGACUAACCUGGAUGAACCCAUGACUGAGGAGGAAUUUGUGGAGUGGUUUCAGAAUGCAGUGCAGUCCGGGCUGUUUGAUAAUAUUGGUGCUAGCACCUCCUCUGAAAGCCGAACUGCCAACGCUGCAUCAGGCUUCAAGGGCAGUGGUGCCAGUACUAGCAGUGGCAACAAGAGAAAGAAAAAGGGAAAGAAGCAAUGGUGAUUUCUUCUUUAUUCUAUUCCCUCUUGAUAAACUUGUAAGCUUUUAAUGAGCCCUGAAAAUAUAUGGCUCUGAAUCUGAUGGGAGAUAUUUUGUCUGCACCAAAUUGUAUGCCAGCAAGAGUAGAAAAAGCCUUUGAGGCGCCAAUAUGCAAAGCUUGCAUAGCUUUUUACCA